AUGGCAAAGAGAAGACAAAAGUCAAGAACUCAUGUCACCCCAUCCGAAGAUGAGCUUAAAAGUAUUCCAAAAUCAUUGGUAAUUCGUGUUGGUGAGACUUCUAUGGGUAACCAUUCCCUAAAUCAAUUGGUUAAGGAUUUUCGUAAUAUAAUGCAGCCACAUACUGCUGUUAAACUAAAAGAAAGGAAGUCCAAUAAGCUGAAGGAUUUCGUUGUUAUGUGUGGACCACUAGGAGUAUCACACCUUUUCAUUUUUACACAAUCCGAAAAAACAGGAAAUGUCUCUUUAAAGGUUGCUAGGACGCCUCAGGGUCCUGCUAUUACUUUUAGGGUUCUGGAUUAUUCAUUGGGUAAGGAUAUUAAAAGAUUUUUGAGGAGGCCAAAAUCUUUGGCUAAGGAAGACGUUUUACAUCCACCUCUUUUGGUGUUAAAUGGGUUCGAUAUUAAGAAUGAAGAUGAAAAUAAGGCUAAUGUGGAAAAAGUGGUUGUUUCUAUGUUCCAGAAUAUUUUCCCUCCAAUAAAUCCAGCCAGGACCGAGCUGUCGUCAAUCAGACGUGUGUUCAUGAUAAAUAAGGACCGUGAACUGAAUGAAAUAUCAUUAAGACACUACGUUAUCGACGUCAGAGAAGUGGAGAUCUCUAAAAAUUUGAAGAAACUAUACAGGUCUAAGAAGAACUUGCAUAAAACUGUGCCGAAUUUGAGCAAGAAGGAAGACAUUGCAUCUUUGAUCUUUGAUCACGACAUUGGGGCCUACACAUCGGACUCUGAAGUCGAUGACGAUGCUAUCGUGAGUGUUAUAGACAAGAAAGAUACCCAGAUCAAGUUUAGGCAACCGAAUGAAGCUUCCAAGCCAGCUCCAGUAGCUGAUGAUGAUAGAUUAGAUAGUGAUGUUGAAAUGGAAGAUGCCACUAAUGAAACGGGCUCCGCAGAGCAUGCAGAUCUACGUCCACGUAAGCGUGCCAUCAAGCUUACCGAAGUAGGUCCCCGGCUCACACUAAAGUUGGUCAAGAUAGAGGAAGGUAUUUUUAAUGGAAAGGUUUUGCAUCAUGAGUUCAUCCAUAAGACAGAUCACGAGAUAAAGGCUCUGGAGAAGAAGCAUUUAGAGAAGCUGAAGCUGAAGGAGCAGCGCAAGAAGGAGCAAGAGGAGAAUAUCGCACGGAAGAAGGCCGCAAAGGAGGCAAAGAAACAGCGGAAAUUGGAGAGACGGCAGGCGCGCAAACUAGCAGAGGCCAAUGGGACCGCAAAAGAAAACGAGUCAAGCUCUUCCAGUAGUGACUCCAGUGACGGCGAGUACAGCGACGUCCCAGAAGAUCUGGAUAGCGAUUUGCUCAGCGAAAUAGAAAAUUAG